GUCUUGGCCAAGGACUUUUCAAAAGAUUCUGAAGAACAGAGUGAUGUGAUGACAUCUUCCUCUUCAAUGAUCUCUUGGAGGCCAUGUGAGGAAUGGAUUGCAUGUGGAGGACAGAUUGUGAGAUCUGUGGCUCUGUGGACCCAAACGCUUUAGAUUCAAAAGGACUUCUCCGAAUACUGAGCAGAGAAAAAGAUCCCGGAACUAAAAACAGAACCGGAGCAGGACACCGCCGGGAGACCUCACUGCUUCAGAAGGGCUGGAAAGGACGUCAGCCCGCGGGGAGCGCGGGGCCUCGGGUUCGCGCUGCUCUGCGGGGUUCGAGCCGGCCAUCGGGCCUGGUCGGGCCGGGGCGCGCUGGAGCCCGUCGUAUUUGGGGCGGCCCGCGGCUCAGACAUGCCUCGGGACUCCUCUCCCAUUUGCUGCGCUCCGCAGCCCCUGCGGCCUGGACGGUCCAGCCGCGACGCGGAGCCUUGAGCCCCAGGGCCUUCGCCCCCAAUGCGAAGGGACAAAUCGGGCCCCGAAUUCCCGGAAACUCGCGAAGCAGCCCCCCAGGGCGCCCUCCCCCCCGCCCCUCACGCGGACCAGGGUCCCCAGGACGGGAACUGUGGCUCGAGAACGUCCCCAGGCUCUGUCCUCAGCGCCGAAGCCGCCCUCCCCCAGCUUGAGCUCCUCUGACGAUGGGAACCGGCCCGGGACGCGCGCCGCAGCCAAGUCCCGGUUUUGAUUUCACUGCCUGCUGCGAGAGUGAAGAGGCUCCAAACCCGACAAACAGGAAGGAGAGAAGGAGCCAGAGUGCGGGCAGAGGGAGGGUCAUUCCCAGCAGAGGCGCAGGGGCCGGGCCGGGGGGCGGGGAGGAAGCAGCGCCCCUUCCCCUCCCGCGCGGUCCGGAGGUGAGGGGACGGGGGCCGGGGAGGUUCGGGGGCGGCUCCGGGGCCGGGCCGGGUGCUCGGGGCGGGGCGGGGGCUCCCUGGAUGC